AUGACGAGCCUGGGCCAGAAGUUUGUGCACUACCCGUACGCGUUGUAUGCGACGGACGUCAAGUUCCAGCCUUCCCACCGACCAUCCGGAAGGUUCGGGGAGCAGAAGCACUAUUUCAGCGGCAAACAUAAGCUGUAUGGUCUGAAGAUAGAAGCGUCUGUCUCACCUGACGGUCGUCUUGUCGAUAUGAGCCCUCAUGUGCCGGGCUCUGUGGCCGAUUUGACGUUGAUCCGCAACCGCCUUGACGAACACCAACGAUUCCUCUCUAAGGAAGCAAGUAAGUCCAUGAUCAACGACAAAGGUUACAUCGGCCUUGCGGCGUCGUUGCGUGCUAUACACCCGAAGAAGAAACCUACCGGUGGCGCGCUGGACAGGCAUGACCUUGACCGGAACAAGGAGGUGUCCUCGGAUCGCGUUAUUGUUGAGAACUUCUUCGGCCGAGUCAGCAUGUUGUGGAAGGUGUCCUAUGCAACGUUCGUUUGGGGUGAGAAGCUGUAUGAUGACAUCCAGCGACUUACAUUCUCGCUGACCAACUUACAUGCCUCGCUGCUGCCAUUGAGAUUGGAAGACCACGACAGCUACCGAGCUGCAAUGGCGCGGUACAAGCGUAUGGCGGCGGAGAACACGACGAAGCGCGCUGCAGCUCAACGUCGCUACGUGCAGCGCCGAGCGGAACGACUUGCUGCCAGUGCAGCACGUGCUGAUCGCGUAGUCUUCACGUCACCUUCUGUGAAUCGCCGUCGUUGA